CGCUAUCGCUUCCGUCUCUAUCCAGUGACGUCAGAAGCAGUUACCAGGCGACCGAGCGAAGACGCUAGUGACGGAAUUUCCGCCCCAGAGCGGAAGCAGCCGUUAUUUAAACCUUGGCAGGAAACGGAGGGAAGCGCAGUGAAGGGUUCAGUGAUUCCUGAGGCCUCAGCAUGUCACUUCGAGACAGGCAGUUCAGGGAGGAACCUUCAGAGAAUGCCCUGCCAUUGGAUAGAAACCACUUCAGACCUUCCACAGAGUAUGACCAAUCGUAUGAGCCCCUGGAAGCGUCGGGGCAAUCUGGUGACAGCGAUUUGGUCUCUGAGUAUGCACAGGGCAAUAUGUCUGUAACGGUCUCAGAAGAGGAGCUGCGUCAUGAGCUUUCUCUGUUGGGCUUCUCUUAUGUUCCCCGCCAGAGGCUUCUGGAAUUCAAGAAAGAUCUAGAGCGUCUGAUGAAUCGGGGUAGUGCGGCAGCAUCCCCAGAAACAUCAAGGCUGGAAAAUGAGAGCCUUGAUGAUUCAACCAACACACCACCACCUCUCCCUAUUGAAACAAGUGCCUGGCAUCAGACCUCAGCCUGGCCUACCACCACCUCGACCUCCAGCAAAGAAUGGGACAAUCAACAGAGAAACCAAGACUCUUACACUAAACACACAGUGAGCCUGGGGGGAAAUGUUCAGGCAACAAAGAAAGCACCGCAAAUAACUCGUAAAGUGCUGCGUAGAAAAAGUGAUGGACAGACGCAUGUAAGCGACGAGUCCUUCCUUUACUCCGAAACCGAGACAGAAGAGGAGGAUACUGGGAGCUCCAUUGUGGACUUUCGCUCAGAAUCUUCUGGCCGCUCCUCGGCUAGCUGUGCCAAAUCCUUCAUCCGCCCUCCCCUGUAUUCUCUCCUGGAUCAGUACCGGCAGCGCUCAGAUCCUGUUGGCCGGUACCAGGAGUAUAAACAAAAGUGGGACGCCUUACAGGGAGCACUAGAACGGAACAGAAAGGAACUUCGCUGGGGGAUCAGGGAGCAGAUGAUGUCUGCGCCCCCCCAGCCUGCUGCUCGCUCUGUUCUACUACCCAACACAUACGUCAUCCCCACAGAUAAGAAAAGGUACGCCCUGCGCUGGGCUGUCCGACGAGACCUGGUAAAUGGGGUGAUGCCCCGGGGGAGCUAUUCUUAGGGUAACCCCAAAGCUUUGUGUGUAUGUGUGAAGAAAAGAGUGCACUUUUCUGUGUGUUUUUAAAAACUGUAUUUUAAAUAAAAUCACGCUUUCCGAACA